AGGAGUCAAACGUGCGAGUAAAAUUUGGCGAGAGAAACUUGGACAUCAUCAACAUCAUCAUCAUCAUAAUCGUGAUCAUCUUUCCAGAAUUUGUAGCCAGGAAUCUGCAAAAAGUGAAAAAAUUUCUUUGUGGCGGCAAUCAUUAUAAAAUGUCUCGUAACAAAGACAAAUAUGACAGCACCAAUCGAAGACAGCAGAUCUUUCUAUCGCCUGAGGAUAUUGCAGCCGGCAAAAAGACAAACUGGAGUGGCCUAGAGAUAACAGGAUGCGUUCGGAAUAUUAGUCCAUCAUUGUGGCAAUUUGAACAUCUGACCGCCCUCUAUUUGAAUGAUAAUCAACUGCUGCGAUUACCCGCCGAUGUUGGCAUGUUGAUUAGCUUGAGGACAUUGGAUUUAUCUAGCAAUAAGUUACGGAGCCUGCCAGCCGAACUUGGCGAACUAAUUCAAUUGAGGGAAUUGCUACUCAAUAACAACUUUCUGCGCGUGCUGCCUUAUGAGAUUGGCAAGCUCUUUCAUCUGGUCAUACUGGGUCUGAUGGGCAAUCCGUUGCAAAAGGAGUUCAUGAACAUCUACAAUGAACCGAAUGGUACUCAAAAACUGCUCACCUACAUGCUGGACAACUUGUCAUUUACCGUCAAUCCACCGCCACAAAGACCAUGGUUACCUUUGGCCAAACCCAAUAAAACACGACCAGCCUGCAUUUUCACGGUAAUGUGCUACAAUGUGCUGUGUGACAAAUAUGCGACGAGGCAAAUGUAUGGAUACUGUCCAUCGUGGGCAUUAUGCUGGGAAUAUAGAAAAAAAUCGAUUAUCGAUGAGAUCCGGCAUUAUGCAGCGGAUAUCAUAAGUCUGCAAGAGAUUGAGACAGAGCAAUUCUAUCAUUAUUUUUUGCCGGAGCUGAAGAACGAUGGUUAUGAGGGGAUUUUCUCCCCCAAAUCUCGGGCCAAGACAAUGUCAGAAGUGGAGCGCAAAUAUGUCGAUGGCUGUGCGAUAUUCUUUAGAUCAUCAAAAUUCACGUUAAUUAAGGAGCACUUGAUUGAGUUUAAUCAGUUGGCCAUGGCUAAUGCCGAGGGCUCGGACAAUAUGUUGAAUCGUGUGAUGCCCAAGGACAACAUCGGUCUGGCCGCACUACUUAAGGUGAAAGAGACUGCCUGGGAGCCAAUGUCUGAGGUGACGCAAAUCUCACAGCCGCUUCUUGUGUGCACGGCCCACAUACACUGGGAUCCCGAGUUCUGCGAUGUCAAACUAAUCCAAACAAUGAUGCUGAGCAACGAAUUGAAGACAAUCAUUGAUGAGGCGAGUCAUAGCUUUCGGCCGGGACACAAAAAUGACUCGAAUAGCGUACAACUGUUGCUUUGUGGUGAUUUCAAUUCAUUGCCCGAUUCCGGAGUGGUUGAGUAUUUGGGCAACGGUCGCGUUUCCAUGGAUCAUUUGGAUUUCAAGGAUAUGGGUUAUAAAUCAUGCUUACAGCGAUUGCUAUCGAACGAUACGAAUGAGUUCACGCAUUCCUUCAAGCUGGCCUCAGCCUAUAGUGAAGACAUUAUGCCCCAUACUAACUACACAUUCGAUUUCAAGGGCAUAAUUGAUUAUAUAUUCUACACGAAGACUGGCAUGGUGCCAUUGGGCCUGCUGGGACCAGUAUCGACCGACUGGCUGCGCGAAAACAAAGUUGUGGGCUGUCCCCAUCCGCAUAUACCAUCUGAUCAUUUCCCGCUGCUUGUUGAACUGGAACUGAUGCAUACAGCCAGCCAGCAGACGCCUCCCAAUGGGCUUAUAAAUCGUCGGUAGCAAUAGAAUCAUCGACGCGGCCGACCCACCACCACCAUGAUGACCACGACACCCAUUCGGACAACAGCCACAAGCGGCGGGUGUGGGGGUGGAGUUGGGUUUGGAGCCGGCAUGAUGCACAACAGCUUUAGAGGACGCAGCAACAGUGGCAGCGGUAUCGGUGGAAGUGGUGGUGGUGGUGUUGGUGGAACAAACAUUCGUCUGGCCGCGCAUGGAUCUUUAAGAAAGCCUCCCCUUUCCGCUACACCUCAGUCAUCAACUACCUGCGAGAAACAACAACAAAAACCGCCACCCUCAUGAAGCAAGUGAACCUAAUCCUGACCCUAUCUGCCUCCACCCUCGCCUUUGAAAAACAUAAGAAAACAUUAAUCAGCUGACGUGGCGCUCUGCUCGCAUCAAGAAUCAGUUUUAGUUAUUACAUAUAUUUAGAUUCGAUUUUGACUCGCACAUAAACUAAGUGAGAUGAUGAUGAUGAUGAUGAAGACAAGGUUGUGACUGGGUGGUGGUUGGAUUAAUCCUUUGUGCGCUGGAUCGCAAAGUGAAUUGCCCUGAAACCGCCCGUGAUGCAACCGAAACCAACAACUAUCAUCUUUAUACAACUUGCAGCUCUUUUACUCCGCGUUUCUCGUUUUGAUUUUAUCAACUUCACAUCGAAUAAAUUAUAUAAAUACCAUAUA